AUGUCUUCUGAAUCGUUUGAGUUUCAGGCUGAGAUCUCUCAGUUGAUGAGUUUGAUCAUUAACACGGUCUACUCCAACAAGGAAAUUUUCCUUCGUGAGCUCAUUUCCAACGCUUCCGAUGCUUUGGACAAGAUCCGCUACGUUUCACUUAGCGACUCGAAGCAGUUGGACUCUGAGCCCAACCUCUUCAUUCGCAUCAACCCCCGCAAGGAGGAGCACAUUUUGGAGAUCCGUGACAGCGGUAUUGGUAUGACCAAGGCUGAUCUCGUCAACAACCUGGGUACCAUUGCCAAGUCCGGCACCAAGCAGUUCUUGAUGGACGCUUUGGCCGGUGGUGCCGACAUGUCUAUGAUUGGUCAGUUCGGUGUUGGUUUCUACUCUCUUUUCUUGGUUUCUGACCGUGUUGAGGUUAUCACCAAGCACAACGACGAUGAGCAGUACAUUUGGGAGUCUGCCGCCGGCGGCAAGUACACCAUCACCAAGGACACCGUCAACGAGCCUCUUUCUCGUGGUACUUUGAUUCGCAUGCAUCUCAAGGAUGACCAGCUUGAGUACCUGGAGGAGAAGCGCAUCAAGGAUGUCGUUAAGAAGCACUCUGAGUUCGUUGCCUACCCCAUCCAGCUCGUUGUCACCAAGGAGAUCGAGAAGGAGGUCCCUGCUGACGAGGAGGAGGAGAAGGUCGACGACGACAAGAAGCCCAAGAUUGAGGAGGUCGAUGAGGAUGCCGAGGAGAAGAAGAAGAAGGAGCCCAAGAAGAUCAAGGAGACUGUCACCGAGAACGAGGAACUUAACAAGACCAAGCCCUUGUGGACUCGCCCUCCCAGUGAGAUCACCAAGGAGGAGUACAAUACCUUCUACAAGACUAUCUCUAACGACUGGGAAGACCCACUCGCUGUUAAGCACUUCUCUGUUGAGGGUCAGCUCGAGUUCAAGGCCAUCCUUUUCGUUCCCGGCCGUGCUCCCUUCGACCUCUUUGACGGUAAGAAGAAGGCACACAACAUCAAGCUGUACGUCCGCCGCGUUUUCAUCACUGAUGACUCUGAGGAGCUCAUCCCUGACUGGCUGUCGUUCGUCAAGGGUGUUGUGGACAGCGAGGAGUUGCCUUUGAACUUGUCUCGUGAGGUUCUGCAGCAGAACAAGAUCAUGAAGGUCAUCCGCAAGAACAUCGUUAAGAAGCUUAUCGAGACCUUCAACGAGAUCGCUGAGGACCAGGAGCAGUUCACUAAGUUCUACACUGCUUUUAGCAAAAACAUCAAGCUCGGUAUCCACGAGGAUGCUACCAACCGUGCUGCUCUUGCUAAGUUGCUCCGUUACCAGUCUACCAAGUCUGCUGGCGAGCCUACUUCGCUCACUGACUACGUCACUCGUAUGCCCGAGCACCAGAAGAACAUCUACUACAUCACUGGUGAGUCUACCAAGGUUCUUGAGAAGUCUCCCUUCUUGGAUGUCUUCAAGCGCAAGGGCUUUGAGGUUCUCUUCAUGACCGACCCCAUUGAUGAGUACGCUGUCCAGCAGCUCAAGGAGUUCGAGGAUAAGAAGCUUGUUGACAUCACCAAGGACUUCGAGCUUGAGGAGACCGAGGAAGAGAAGAAGCAGCGCGAGGAGGACAUCAAGAACUUUGAGGACCUUACCAAGGCCAUCAAGGAGAUUCUUGGUGAGCAAGUCGAGAAGGUUGUUGUUUCUGAGGCUCUUGGCGAGAUUGCCCCUGCUGCUAUCCGUACCGGUCAGUUCGGUUGGUCCGCCAACAUGGAGCGUAUCAUGAAGGCCCAGGCCCUCCGUGACAGCUCCAUGUCUUCUUACAUGUCCUCUAAGAAGAUCUUUGAGAUUUCUCCUCGUCACCCCAUUAUCAAGGAGCUCAAGAACAAGGUUGAGGCCGAUGGCGCUUCCGACCGCACUGUCAAGGACUUGACCACUUUGCUGUUCGAGACUGCUAUGCUCACCUCCGGUUUUGCUUUGGAGGACCCUACUUCCUUCGCCUCUCGCAUCAACCGUCUUGUCGAGCUGGGUCUCAACAUUGACGAGACUGAGUCUUCUGCUGAUAACGCUGCUGAGACCACUGAUGCCCCAGACGCUGCCCCUGUUGAAAGCGCUAUGGAGGAGGUUGACUAA